UGGGGUUACCUCCGUGCAGAGACACAUGGCGCUUCUCCCUUGUUUAUGGCGCCUGUUGGUUGGCACAAAGUGGCCGCUUUAAGGCUGGCGCAGGUGCCUGGAAUUUCUGGGUCACCAGACCCACGAAUCGGGCGUGCAGAGCGCGGUGACGACGACUCCGCGCGGAGUGACGACUGUGUCGCCCCCGCAUCGGCCACGCGACCAAACGUGCGUGCGGACCGAGGGUUUUCAAGAUGACCGAGGAUUUUUACAGUUUCUUUUGGGAUUCCAACACCAUUGGCCAUUGGUUUUGGCCAAAGAACCAUUGUUUUACAAAGGGUUACAGACCACAAAACCAGGUCACCAGUUGCUUAGGGAGUUGCUUUUGGGAGUUGGUGCGCCCACUGCCGUCGGUUUUUUUCACUGUGAAACAUGUGUGUGAGCCUUUUGAAGAAACUCGGCAGCCAUGCUGGAAAGAAACUUCACCCUUGCCACAACAAAGGUGAUCCGUUUCCCAAAUCCAACCUGGUACAUCCAGGUACCAUCCUUUUUUGCUCACACGCGAUGAACAUCUUUUCCUCCGCUUGGUGCGGAAAUCGCCGACCGCGUGUCUAAACAUGCAUUUGUUCCAUUGGCAGCGGCUCCCGACCCCGUUCUUCCUGGCCAUUCCGCGGCGUCGCGCGCGUUGCGCCAUGCCGUCCAAGCGCCGCAACAACGGCCGCUCCAAGCAUGGGCGUGGCCACACGGCCAUCGUCCGAUGCUCCAAUUGCUGCCGCUGCGUGCCCAAGGACAAGGCCAUCAAGCGAUUCCAGGUGCGAAACAUGGUGGACGCCUCGUCCCAGCGAGACUUGCGAGAGGCCUCGGUCUAUCAGACCUUUAUGCUCCCAAAGCUUUACAUGAAGAUGCUCUACUGUGUGUCCUGCGCCAUCCACGGCCGAGUGGUCCGCGUGCGCAACAAGGUCUUGCGCGCUUCGCCUGAAGGACGCAUCUACAAGCCACCGCAGGGCAAGGGCGGCGGAAAGGGAAAUUAAACGACGAUUUUAAACUUGAAGAAUGGCUGGAUUUAAUCGGGGAAUAGAUUUAUUUUUUGUAUUAUAUAUAAUAUAUAUUUAUUUAUAUAUAUUUAAAAUAAAAUUAUUAAA